AUGAACCGGGGCCCCGUCAUCGUCACCUGCGCCGUCACGGGCUCCGGCGACACGGCGUCGAUGCACCCGGGGCUGCCCAAGAGCCCCAAGGAGAUCGCCGACGCCUGCAUCGAGGCCGGCGAGGCCGGCGCGGCCAUCGCCCACCUCCACGUCCGCGAGCCCGAGAGCGGCGACUGCUCGCGGAACCUGGACUACUACCGCGAGGUCGUGGCGCGCGUCCGCGAGUCGUCGAGCGACGUGAUUCUGAACGUGACGUGCGGCAUGGGCGGCGACUGCUUCUACGAGAUCGCCGAGGACCCCGAGGACGGCACGCUCACGUCCGUGGGCAAAUCGACGGACCUCGUCGGCGUGGACCAGCGGCUCGCGCACAUCGAGGAGCUCAAGCCCGAGAUCUGCUCGCUCGACUGCGGCUCGCUGAAUUUUGGGACGGGCGCCUACGUGUCGACGCUGCCCAUGCUCCGCGAGAUGGCGGCGCGCAUCACGGCGGCGGGCGUCAAGCCCGAGCUCGAGUGCUUCGAGAUCGGCCACGUGGCCCUCGCGACGCGGCUCCACGAAGAGGGCCUCCUCGACGACCCGCCGUUCUAUCAAUUCGCGCUGGGCAUCCCCUGGGGCGCGACGGCGGACGCGGCGAGCGUCCAGGCCAUGGUGCCCCUCGUGGCGCCGGGCGCGAACUGGGCCGCCUUCGGCAUCUCGCGCAACCAGAUGCCCAUGGUCGCGCAGUCGCUCCUCCUCGGCGGCCACGUCCGCGUGGGGCUCGAGGACAACCUCUACCUCGAGAAGGGCGUCCUCGCGACGAACGGCGAGCUCGUCACGAAAGCCCUGCGGCUCAUGGGCGACCUGGGCGCCGCGCCGGCGACGACGGCGGAGGCGCGCGCGAUCCUCGGCCUCCGCGGGACGCAGUAG